AUGGACUUGUCUACGGAGCAGACCGAGCGCAAAGGCUCCGUGCAUCAUGACACACACGCAACACCGCCAAAUUUCAUCCAGAAGGAGCACUGGCGGUACCAGAGCAUGAGAAAAACCGAACUCGAAAGUGAUGCCAACGUGUUCGAUCUAAGUAAACGCGAUGGAUUUACUCCAGAGCAGAAGGACAUCUGGCGUCCUGCCGGUACUAUUCCCGCUUCACGCAUCGAAGCGGCGUGCCAAGCUUAUGCAGGUGGACGAGCAUUGUCUUCGCCUGUAGAAGAUGCUUCUAUCUUCGAACAUCGAGAUUUCCCUGGACUCCAGGUCGUUUCCGGCCUUUUGCCUCCAGAAACUCAGGUCUUAUUUACGUCUUGUCUUAUGCAUCGAGAUCUAGCGGACCCAAGCCACAAGAUCAACUUGCAAGCAGACUACGACAUUCGAUAUCCACCCAAACCGACCUCAGAACCAAUGCGAUUCGACAAUAGCUUCUUCUUGCGUGACAGAUCUUCAGCAGAGGACGUCCUAGCGCCCAAAAUCCCAAACAAACAAAAAUCUCUCAACAAUGAGCAGUUCUUAUACACCAAGCUACGAUGGCUUACACUUGGAGAACAGUACGAUUGGCCAACAAGGAGCUAUGCAAAGCAUGCGACACCAUUUCCGGGCGAUCUUUCGACCCUCGUCACGGGUUUGUUUCCACAUAUUCGCCCUGAGUCUGGAGUAGUGCUUAUGUAUGGCGCGAAGGACUUCAUGCCUGUCCAUCGCGACGUGAGCGAGCAAUGCCAACGCGCACUUGCAAGCUUUAGUGUUGGCUGCGACGGCAUCUUCAUCAUGGCUAAAGGAGAAGAUGAUGGCGAAGGGGAGAAUGCGCCGCGGACUGUCGCGAUCAGGGUUCGGAGCGGUGACUGCGUACACCUCACUGGCAGUGCUAGAUGGGCUUGGCAUGCGAUGGCCAGGACCUUGCCGAGUACCUGCCCCCCGUACUUGGCCAACUGGCCAUUGGGUACUCCUGGUGCGACUUCGGCAGAAGAGAAAGCUUUCAAGAAAUGGAGAGGUUACAUGGGCACGAAACGCAUCAAUGUCAGCUGUCGUCAGGUUUGGGACUGA